AAAGCCGUGGACUUAUAUAAGCCAGACCCUGAAGGAGAGGCUGCCGAAGGGUUAAACAGGUCUCUCAACUCCGGUAUCCUCGCCCGCGACAGAAGGUAGCCCGCUGUGCAUCUCUUUUUCAACUUUGCUGCGGACGCUCUCAAAGCCCGCAUCCACCGGAGCGCCGCCCGAGCCCACGGGUGGCCCUGUCAGUCUCUGGGGUGCAUGGGGCAGCACUAAUUGGGCUGGCGGCGCAGGCCAGGGGCCGCUCCAAAAUGAACCUCGUGGGCAGCUACGCACACCAUCACCACCAUCACCACCAUCACCACCCGCACCCCGCGCACCCCAUGCUCCACGAGCCCUUCCUCUUCGGCCCAGCCUCGCGCUGUCACCAGGAGCGGCCCUACUUCCAGAGCUGGCUGCUGAGCCCUGCUGACGCUGCCCGGGACUUCCCCGCCGGCGGGCCACCGCCCACAGCCGCUGCGGCGGCUUCUGCCACUUACUGUCCGGAUGCCAGGUCCGGCCAGAGCCCGGGGCGCCUGGAGGCCCUCGGAGGUCGCCUGGGCCGGCGGAAAGGCUCGGGACCCAAGAAGGAGCGGAAGCGCACAGAGAGCAUUAACAGCGCGUUUGCCGAGCUGCGUGAGUGCAUCCCCAACGUGCCCGCCGACACCAAGCUCUCCAAGAUCAAGACUCUGCGGCUGGCCACCAGCUACAUCGCCUACCUGAUGGACGUGCUAGCCAAGGAUGCACAGGCUGGCGACCCCGAGGCCUUCAAAGCCGAACUCAAGAAGGUGGAUGGCGGCCGCGAGAGUAAGAGGAAAAGGGAGCCGCAACAGCACGAAGGCUUUCCUCCUGCCCUGGGCCCAGGCGAGAAGAGGAUUAAAGGGCGCACAGGCUGGCCGCAGCAAGUCUGGGCGCUGGAGCUAAAUCAGUGAGCUGAGGCCCGCGCCGAGGACCCCGCCACCACGGCUGGACCCCUGAGCCCCGGGAGGAGAGGAAGGCAGCAGCGAGUGCCAGGCUCUGGGUGCCAGGGGCUUAUGGGGGCACAUCCUGCCAAGCCUCUGCUGCAGGCUGGCAGGUCGCUGGCUGCAACACACUUGGAUCACACGUGCAAUGUCAUUUGAAAUUGUUUUUAAUACAUUAGAGAAAGAGAAAUAUAUAUAUAUAUCCAUUCCCCCAAACAGAGAGAGCGGCUCUUGGCAGCACUAUGUGGGAGGGAAGGACUGUGAGACAUGAGCAGGCUAAGACGCACCCUUCCAACCCUUCUGGGGCGAAUUUGGAACCCCCAGCGCCUUCCCCACUUUGCUACCUGGCUCUCUUUCUCACCUCCUCCUUCUGCUUGCAGUCAAAAGCCUCUGGUGCUCCCUUUCCUAAUUAAAAUGCAAUAAGAGGAAUCAGUAGUUUUCUGCCAAGGACAGAGAACCAGACCAGGAAGAUGGAGGGUUGCCUUUUGUUGUUUAUCUCCCUCAAAUAGUGGUGUUUUUAUUUUAUUUUUUGUUGCUGCACUUCCUACUUAGUUCCAAGGGAAAUGCUUCCCCCCUUCCUUCCUCUCUUCCUUCCUCUCUUUUUUCCUUCUUUCCUUCCUUCCUUCUUUCCUUCCUUCCUUAGUAAAAGCUUUUCCCUAUGUUGAAAAGUUUUUAUGUAUUUAAACUACCUAUGGUGCCUGCUGCGUUCAGGUGUUUGUUUAUUCCCCCAUCCCUAUCCUUUUUCUACCUCAAAUCUAUAUGACCACUCACCAC